AACGCUAACUUGUGAACGUACACAAAACCGUGUGAAUAUUUAUGACACAUUCAUUAAAUUCAAUUGCUUUUAAUAAGUAUCCCAUUUAUAUCAAAUAACUUUUGCAAAUAAAUUGAAGCUUUAAAAUGGAAAAGAAUUUAGAAAAAACACUAGAUGACGUAAAUAAUACUGAAGGCAUUAUUGGUUGCAUCUUGGCUGAUCAUGCAGGACUAUGUUUAGGAGCUAAGGGGGAUGCAUCUACUGACAGUGCAGGAAUAAUUGCAGCUAUUGCAGAUCAAGUUGCAAAAUUAGAACCUAAAUCACCAGCACCAAUUAUCUCCCUUCAAAAUGAGAACAGGAAGUGCCUUAUACAACGUCAAGGGUCAGUAGUAGGUGCAAUUUACAAGGAUGUUUCUGUGUAA